AUGCUGAGCCGCAGGGCCACGGCCCGUCUCACGCAGGCCAACGUGCAGCGCAUGGUCCCGGCCGUGCAGAGCGCGCGCUCCAUCACCACCGCCACCGAGAAGAAGGAGCUCCACACCUCGUCGACGAUCCAGGCUGAGGCGAAGAAGGCACCAGCUGCCGCCGGCGGUCUGUCCAAGGGCCGUCUCGUUGCUGUCAUCGGUGCCGUCGUCGACGUGCAGUUCGACGAGAAUCUGCCACCAAUUCUCAACGGCCUCGAGGUCACCGGACGUACGCCGCGCUUGAUCCUGGAGGUUUCGCAGCAUCUCGGUGACAAUGUCGUUCGCUGCAUUGCCAUGGACGGUACCGAGGGUCUUGUUCGUGGUCAAGAAGUCGUCGACACCGGCGAUCCGAUCAAGAUCCCCGUCGGACCGGAGACGCUCGGCCGCAUCAUGAACGUCAUCGGCGAGCCCAUCGAUGAGCGCGGACCGAUCGCAUCCAAGCACCGAGCCCCCAUCCACGCUGAAGCCCCCGAGUUCGUGGAGAUGUCUGUGGAGCAAGAGAUUCUCGUCACCGGCAUCAAGGUCGUCGAUCUGUUGGCCCCCUAUGCCAAGGGUGGAAAGAUUGGACUGUUCGGAGGUGCCGGUGUCGGAAAGACUGUGCUCAUCAUGGAGCUGAUCAACAACGUCGCCAAGGCCCACGGAGGAUAUUCGGUGUUUGCUGGAGUCGGAGAGCGCACGCGUGAAGGAAACGAUCUGUACCACGAGAUGAUUGAAGGAGGGGUCAUCGACCUCAAGGGCAACAACUCUAAGGUAUCGCUGGUGUACGGACAAAUGAACGAGCCCCCCGGUGCCCGCGCUCGUGUGUGCUUGACUGGACUGACUGUUGCCGAAUACUUCCGUGAUCAAGAGGGACAAGACGUGCUGCUCUUCAUCGACAACAUUUUCCGUUUCACCCAAGCCGGAUCUGAGGUGUCUGCUCUGCUCGGUCGUAUCCCGUCAGCUGUCGGUUACCAGCCAACGCUCGCCACUGACAUGGGUAGCAUGCAGGAGCGCAUUACGACGACUACCAAGGGCUCGAUCACCUCCGUGCAAGCUAUCUACGUGCCCGCCGACGAUCUGACUGACCCGGCCCCGGCUACCACCUUCGCCCAUCUUGACGCGACGACUGUGCUCUCGCGUGGUAUCGCCGAAUUGGCCAUCUACCCGGCCGUGGACCCGCUCGAUUCGACGUCGCGUAUCAUGGACCCGAACAUUGUCGGCCAACACCACUACGACAUUGCCCGCGGUGUCCAGAAAAUCCUGCAGGACUACAAAUCGCUCCAAGACAUCAUCGCCAUUCUUGGUAUGGACGAGCUGUCGGAAGACGACAAGCUGACGGUGUCUCGUGCCCGCAAGAUCCAGCGUUUCCUCUCGCAGCCCUUCCAAGUCGCCGAGGUGUUCACGGGACACGCCGGAAAGUUCGUCAGCCUCGAAGAGACCAUCCGCGGGUUCCAAAUGGUUCUCAAAGGCGAACUUGACCAUCUGCCGGAGGUGGCCUUCUACAUGCAAGGUGGCAUCGACGACGUGUUCAAGAAGGCUGAGGAGCUGGUCAAGACCCACGGCGCC